AUGAAGGCUAUAUAUCAUCGAGCGGCGUGUCGACAAAUUUAUGCCCAAAAUCUAUGGAAUCCAAACGAUGUGAUAAUUAAGGUUAUUCCUAAUCUCCCUACAGCUAUAAAGUCCGAAAAGCGCCACGGAAGUUCUGUUCCUGGCCCGCUGGAGAGUCGACGUCGGGUUGGGAAAAGGCAGAUAGCUUAUUCAUUUGAAUCUAUUCCCACCUCAUAUCAGAGCCAUUGGUCAUGGCUAAAGUCAUUUCAAGAAGUCGAUUUCUCUCGAUGGAAAUGGGAACCUCCUAGGACUUAUGCCAAAGUGACGCGCCAGCGUACUCGUGUCCCGGCCUACCCUAUUCUUUCUUUCGAUACAUUAAAAGAAUUUGCCUCUUUCUCCAAAGUUAGACAGUUUGUCUCCAGAAAUAUUGAUUACAUUAACAAGAAAUUAAUAAUCCCGCUAGAAACCAACACUGCCGGUACCAUCGAACUUUUCUUGAAGACUGGUCACAAGCUCAAAAAAAUACUCAAUGAAACGAUAAAACAACAUAUACUAAGAAAUAUAUUAAACAUAAAGGAUCUUAAUACAGUGAAAGAACAAUUGGGGAAUAAGAGAUUGGAAUUUGAUUUCGCUGAAGCUCCUUGUUCCACUCAUUAUCGAGAAGUAUGGAACAGUUAUACAGCUUCUAUUACAAAAAAAAGUAGUACGAUAAUUCCACCAACAGUUAUUCAAAUGUUAGAAGAUCUAUCAGGACUUUCAUCCACCUCCGAAAUACAAAACCUAGCUCUUUCCAUUGUCAAAGCGUUUCCUCGCUGGGAAAACGGAAAGGUACCUCUUAGAAUUUAUCGGACUUUAGUUAUGUCAUGGACAUUGAGCUGGAGUCAAAAUACAACAGUCGCCAAUUUUCUGAGCAAAGAUCCAUUUUUGAAUUCUAAAAUUGAAAAGUCUCUCUCAGAUGCAGAGGCGAUGGUAGCUCGGGUAGAACAGAUGGGCUCCAAGCUUCAAGGUAAUGAAGGCAUGGAUUCUAGAUGUGAUAUUCUGGGCCUCGUUCUAGAGACGAAAACCGAGAUUUUUUCUAGUCUUAAAGCUAUCGAAAGUGCAGAGAAUAUCAUGAGUCCAUUCAAGAUUUCAACUCAAAGUCUCGCGAAAUUUCUUACAAAUCUCCCUAGAAAAAUGCAGAAAGCUAUCCUUGAAGAUUGUUCACAGGAAUUAUGUAAGAUUAUUGAAAAAAAUGAAAGUAUGAAUAUAAUGAGUUUAAAAAGAAAUUGGCUCUAUGUGAUCUCUCAAAUACCAGCACUCAAUCACGCUGAGUUUCUAGGCCUCUGGAAUCAUAUGGAUUCCUACGGUAGAUCACUCCCUUCUAAUUUCUAUCCUGAGCUGUUACUCAAUAGAUGGGCGAGUAUAGAAAAAUCCGAAAAUAAUGCACUUGUUAGGAAUACCCUAGAAACAACUAUGCUCGAGACUGAGGAAGUAUAUGGUUCUUGGAUAUCUUUGAUAUAUGCAAUAUAUCAUUCUGAUCGGAAAGAAGUGCACUUCAAUAAAAUAGGCACCAUCUUCCGUACUCUUUGUGCACGUCGGGAAAUCGACUCUAUUAAAUACAUCAUGCUUAAUAUAAGCAAGAUCAACCCCCGACUUCCAGCAGAGGUUGUAGAGUUUGUUGUUGAAGCAAUGACUGAUCUUGAUCCUGAGACAGCCUGGAAUAUCGCCAUGAUCUCUCGUAUAAUGAAGCCGGGUCGGAAAUAUCGAUCUGACAGAUAUCCUCGUGGUGACUAUCGGACAUUAAGAUAUUCUCGUUGUCCAAAAUUUGUGACUUGGAUGAUAACCGAGACCAAAUUACACCCUAUUCAUAUUUGGCGUAUUCUAGGAGUUCCAAUUCAUGCAAAAUACUCUCCACGUUAUAGGAACCAGCCGAAAACCACCCCACUAGAUUGUCACUCUGAGGUCUUGUUCAAGAAGAUGGCUACCGCCUUUGCUUUUUGUAAGAGAUUACCUCCAAGAGUUGCCCUACGAAAUACUAUGCAGUGUUGGCAUCAUCUAAGACACAAUAAAAUACCAGUAGAUAAGACGAUGGCAAAGGCUUUAGUUCAUAGUGGCCUUGUGCGAUAUAUUGAAAACAAUUCGUGGGUCCCACGUGAAAGAAUAGUCUGGCUACUUCCAAUAGUGGCGAAUGCUGAGGGACUUGAGGUUGCACAACAAGUGGAGCAAGCGGUCAAUGCUUGGAAUGCAGAGAUAACCAAUAAAAAAAUGAAAAUUAAUAGAGAGCUUAAUGUUCUACGGACUGGAAUAAUUGAUUAG